AUGCUCAGGUUUCUGUCUGCGAGGCCCAUCAGCAAGGGCCACUCUGUGACCAGGAGCCCUGUUGUCUCAGGUCCAGAUGGAGACCCUGGUCCUGAGAACCCCGGACCGGCCACUGCCGGCACCACCCGCUUCUGCCUGGGGGACUUGACGGGGUGCUGGGUCCCAGGCAGCCACGGCCAGGCCGCCAGCCCACUGCGGGGCCUCGCUCUGUGGCCUGGCGUCCUCUGUGUCCUUGGCCUGCCAGGUCCCACUGACGGGGCCCAGCCGGGCCCACCACCAACUCCAGGCUGGAAGCAAGAGCAGCCUCUGAGGGGCCGUCCGCCCAGCACGCACCUGGACGGCAGCUGCCCAUACCCCAGCCACAGCCCAGGCCAGGGGCCCAAGGAGACAACGGCCAGAGGACAAGGGGCUGAGGGGACAGGGGCAGCCACGGCUGCCGACCGACAAACCAGGGUCCGAUUGACGCUGAGGGGCCCAAGGUCCAGCCGGGCCCGGGCCUGUUUCGAGGACAUGGGCCCCUCCGGUCUCUACUCCCGCGUGGUGGCGGGGCACAGCGCCCCUGCCUCAGACUCCCGCAGCCUCUACCGGCCCCCGGGCCUGUUUCUAGCCGGCUGCCGGCUCAGCCCAGGCCCCCAGCCAGUCCACAGCUCUGCCUUCAAGACCUACGCCCCGGCCCCGCCCAGGACACCCACCCACCUGGGGGCUGGCUCGUCCCCGCUCCCUGCCGGCCACGGGCUUCUCGGGCUGUCACGUGCUCCUCGACCUGCCUGCUCCGGGCACCUCCCGUGGGUCAUCCCCGCCAGCUCCAGCCCUCACCAGCCGCCCCGGGCUCCUGGGGGCGGGGCCGGGCCUGCCCUGCCCCUGCGCAUCCUCCGUGCAGACGCCCAGCCUGAGCAGGAACCGAGAACAGUCACUGAUCAGAGCGACGGGCUCUCCUGUUUGGACUUUCUGGGCUUCCAGUCCAGUGCCCUCCUGAGCUGGUGGCGAGGGCUGUUUGAUCACAGCCGGUCACCCCGGCCCCUCCAGACAAGGGGCCAUGUGGCGGGGGAGCCUCAGGAAGCGGCUGCUGAAUCAGGUCCCCGAGUUGGCGAGCCAGACGUGGUCACAGAGGAGGGAGACGUGGUUGGCACCGAGGGGCUGACAUUUGAGCUGGGUAUGGAAGGCGUGCGGGGCCUGCAGCAGGAAGGAAGGAGGAGCCGCCGCUCCCAGCAGAGGGGGGCAGCGGCCCAGGUGGUGGGAGCCGGGGCACCUGGAGUGCAGGAGGAAGAGCUGACCCAGCGAGGCGGGGUCACCAAGGACAAGGUCCUAGUGCGGAAGGCGGAGGUCAGCCCCUCGCAGGCACAUGAGGCCCCGAUCACGGACGCUGACCCCGCAGACAGCAGCCCCAGCGUCCCGGCCCUGUGGGGGGCCCUGGUCUGGGCCCGACAGCCGCUAAGCCCCCAGACCGCCCUGGACCUCACCUGGCCUCACCACCUUCCUGCCUUCCGCUGCCCCCAGGCUCCCCUGCCUGCUGGGGUCUUGCAGCCUGCUCGCAGGAUCGCGGAGCCCCUGCCAGGGGAGGGGCGUGGCUGCCCGCACCAGCCCCUCUCAGCGACCUUAGCCCUGGCUGCUGCCCACCACGAGGGAGUCAGCAAAGACUCCCCCAAACCGGCCGCCACCCUCGCUGGGAGCACGUCCGUCCACCAGCAGCCUCUCUCCUGCUCCAGGCGUUGCCUCAGCUGCCCUGAGUCACAACCACGCCCCUGCGGGCCCCCACUGGCCUCAGAGAGCUGGGGUCCAAGACCCGCCGACUCGAAACCACCCAGUGAGGGGUCAAACCCGUCCCUGAGCCUGAGGUUCUGGACUCCUGGCACAGAGAAGGCCCCACCGAGGGGGGCCGCUGACCCGCAGCCUCAGGAAUGUGCCUUCACGGAGCCCGGGGCGGGGACUCAGGGUGCCCGCUGCCCACGCAGCCCCGCCCGCCAGAGGCUCUCCGAAGGCUCUCCCACCUGCCCAGCCUGCGGGCCCCCGGGGGAGCCCACAGCACCCCGACAUUUGGCCAGGCCAGCCCCGGCCGGGACAGACAGAGCCCGGCUGCACUCCUGCGGUGGACUGGCAGGUCCUGGACCCGGAGUGGGGGCAGGCAUGCUGACCCGGGUCUGCCCGCGGGUGCCUGAGCCCAGCACAGCAGACCUAGGGCAGCGCGGCCAGAGGCUGUGUGCGCGGGGGCCAGAGCGCACGGCUUCGGCCUCGGUGGCUGGGCCGCCCCCCCAACACAGCCAGCACCAGCCAAGGCUCCCCGGACAUGAGGGUCCGCGCAGCUCACAGUAG